AUGAUUUACUCAAGUGAAAAUAACAACCUUAAUAUAUUAAAGGAUUGCGGAUGCAAAAGCCCAGGGGGUACUAUAAAAGAUAUCACUCAAAGUUCCUCAAUUAAUAACCAUACCAGUAGAUACGAUUUGAUAUCAGAUCGUUCCGUACGUAAUUCUCAAACACCGGGAAAUUUUACAAUCUACGGACCUGGUACUCCAGAAAAUGAAAUAUGGAAGCUCUAUAUUAAACACAUUGAGGGAUACCUUGAUGUGGCCUCUAUGCUAGCAUUAAGACAAACCUGCCGAUUGCUAUACAAUCACAAGUACAAGAUUGGUAAAGGGGAAUUGCUCUUUCAUGGAUUUAUGGGAUACGAAUCGAAAUUUGUGUUUGACAUCAUCUUUCCACUCGUUUAUAAGUCACUUCACCACUCCUACCAGCAUAAGCUGAGACUUGAUUUGUCAAGGUGUAUUUUGAUGCGCGAUAUAUCCAUAGUACGUAUGCUAGAUGCGGCACAUAGGUGUAACAACAAGGCUGAAGAUGAUGUCAGAAUUACUAAUUUGAGGGAAUUAAACCUUGACUUUUGCUACAAGCUCUCAGAUAAAGCCUUGGAGAUUAUGCUUACAACUCAACUUCCUUUUUUAGAAAAACUGAGCAUUCGUUGUGUACGCAAUAAGAAUAUGACUGGGAUACCGUUUAUGCGAGAUUUAAGCUCUCAUAAUUGGCCAAAAUUCACCCAGUUCUGCUGCUCCUUUUCAAACAUUUGGCUAGAACCUAUCAACGUUGUGGCAGAUUUUAUUAUCCGCACCGCAGUCAAUAUAAAUAACAAUAUCGAGAAUCGUAUGACCAACAAGCUGUUCAGACAUGGCUGUGAAGGAUUUACUACUAGUAUACCUAAUUCACCACUCCCAGCGUCUGCUUCCGCGUAUAAUGAUGGUCCAAAUGCUGCUAACACAACAAUCAUCCCUAGUGCUACUAGUAUCAGUGAUAAUAUGAAUGUGGAUGAAUCAAUAUACAAGCUGGUAGAAUAUCUACGUAAAGAACCGAUAAACGAUGAUCUGCCAAGGGUUACUCCUGUCUUGGAGAUUUUCGGUUCCUGGGGAAGUCGAUGUUUACUGGAAUCAAUGGGGUUUAGUUCUCAUACACGAGCUUUCUGCACUGCGCUAAAGGCGGGAGAUGCAAUCACAUGUGGCAAAUUGGCAAAGACCUUACAUUUGGAAUUUGAAUCGCUUGCAAAAUUGGACGAGUGGAAGAACAAUUCAACAGUGCAAUUGCUUCGCAAUUGUGGAAGUGAGUUGCUGGUAAACAGUCCCCUAACAAUAACAACUACAGAGCAUUCUGGUGUUGACGUAUGGACCCUACCAAUUUCUAUCGCAAUUCAGCAGGAGGAUCACGAUACAUUUAAUUUAUUACUGGUAAGAGGUGCAAAAUUAAAUAUUUGGGAUUACCUGGGCAAAUCUCCUCUUUAUCGUGCUUGUGAAGUGGAAAGGGUUGAUUUUGUCAAAUUAAUUUUGAAUAUUACUCUUGAACCUAUUGUCUUUGAUGAACAGGGAUUAUCGGCCCUUAGUAUUGCAAUUCAAAAGAGGAACAUAGAAAUUGUUAAGUUACUAUUGAAUAGUGGUGCCGAAUUAAACAUAAAGUCUCCUCAUGUUAAGUGCUACAAAUCACCGCUUUAUAUCGCUUGUGAGACAAAUUGUCCAGAGAUAAUCCAGUUGUUACUGGAUAAUGGUGCAGAUCCUAAUUGGCGAUUUCAACUUAAAUUAACACCUACACUCAUAGCCUAUAGGUUGGACCCAUCUUGGCUUGAAAUAUUCAUCAAAUUCGGAGCAGGUACUCCGAGAGAGAAUCGUUGGGUCCUAACAGAAGUACUAAGCUGUGCUAUAACCAAAAAUGAUAUAACUUCUGCCAAAUAUUUAAUAGAUCUUUUUCCUGAUUUACUAGGCCGAGAACAUGACAUAUGGUCGAAACCGCACAUACAGGCAUCAAAACUGGGUAAUUUGGAAAUUUUAAAAUAUCUUACCCAAGAUAAAUCGUUGCUAGAUAAUCUAGAUUCUAGCGGUACAUGCGCUUUACACGCAGCUACCGAAGAGGGACAUCUCGAGUGUAUUGAGUAUUUGUUGAGUGCAGGCGCUGAUGUUAAUUUAUGUAACAAAUUCGACCAAAAUUCACUACACCUGGCGGUGCUGGAGAAUAAAUAUGAUGUGGCAAAGCUUUUGUUAGAGCACAAGAUUUGCGUGAAUCAGAAGGAUAAUAUGCAGGGAGAGACACCACUAAUGACCUGCAUACGAACUAGAAAUGAAAGCAUUGGUUUGCUAAUAGUUAAUAAUGCCGAUAAUUUGGACUUCAAUGCCCGUGAUUCAAUGGACCGUAACUGCUUGAUGUAUGCAUUGUUCUUUGGCCAAAACACUUUAUCGGAUUUGCUGGCCCAAAAAACACCAGAACUGACACCAGGCAACAACCCUCAUUUAGUUCAAAGUGUUAAUAGCGUUGGUAACGACAAGAAGAAGUUGCGCAAUAUUCUGAAGAUAUUCUGGCCCAAAAAUGCCACUGUAGAACACACACGGAUUAAAACGAUAGAUCGAGUACCCUCAAAUACAGCUUCUUUCUCUCUUCUCCGCUCGAGGCAAAUACAGAAUAACUCCAUCAUCUACCAAAACUCUGCAAUUAGGAGUAACAGCGGCUAG